GCGGAGGGGCGGAGCCAGGGUCCCAUGCGACUGCACGGGCUUCGUGGGUGGUGGUGCGAGGGCGUUGGUCGGCGCCACGUGUGAGGCCGCGUGAGGCAAGGCCGGAGUCGAGAGCCGCCACCUGCGGCGGAGCCAGGUUCCUUCCUGGACCUUUGUGUCUCAACAGGCUAGUUACCCAGAUGCACGAGGGACGUUUUAACCUGGCAAGCCUUGUGCAGGGGCAAGGGGCAGCCAGGUUAAGGUGAAGAAGAAAUAAAAAAUUCUCAGGAUGAAGGCUUUUUAUAUUUGACAAGUAUUGUCAUCUGUAAUGAAGAACACUGUGAAACAGAAGCUUGAAUAACAAGCCUUGUAACAUUGGACCUAGAUUAGAGAUUUAGAAAAGAAAGUUAAAAUUAGCCACUUUGAUUUUAGUGUUCCAAUUUCAUAACAUUUGUUUUUCUGAAUAGAUAUAGGGAAGACAAUUAAAAUUUGGUGCUUUACUGAAGGAUGCACUAAUAUUUGUUCCGGUAUUUUUCUUUUUGUGUGAGAGAAGACAGAUAACUAAGAGCUGUAGUGAUUCAUAAUGAGAUAUACUAAAUUAAAUUUUAUGAUGUCAGUUCUUGGCAUUAUAAUCUAUAUAACUGAUUUAAUUGUGGACAUCUGGGUAUCUGUCAGGUUUUUCCGUGAAGGACAAUAUGUUUUUAGUGUUUUAACAGUAAGCUUUAUGCUCUUUGGGACGCUUGUGGUCCAGUGUUUUAGUUAUUCUUGGUUCAAGGCCGAUUUAAAGAAAGCAGGCCAAGAAAGUCAGCAUUGUUUUCUUCUACUUCAUUGCUUGCAAGGAGGAAUUUUUACAAGGUAUUGGUUUACCUUGAAAAAGGGUUAUCAUGUGGCUUUCAAAUACAGCAGCAAAACUGAUAACUUCAUAGAAGAACAAAUCGAUCUACAUAAAGAAGUUAUAGAUCGAGUGACUGAUUUGAGUAUGCUCAGGCUGUUUGAGACCUAUCUUGAAGGCUGCCCACAACUUGUUCUUCAGCUCUACACCUUUCUGGAACAUGGCCAAGCAAAUUUCAGUCAGUAUGCAGCCAUCAUGGUCUCUUGCUGUGCUAUUUCUUGGUCGACUGUUGAUUAUCAAGUAGCAUUAAGAAAAUCCUUGCCUGAUAAAAAUCUCCUUAAUGGACUGUGUCCCAAACUCACAUACCUCUUUUAUAAGUUGUUUACAAUAUUAUCUUGGAUGCUGAGUGUUGUACUUCUUUUAUUCUUAAAUAUUAAGAUUGCUUUAUUUCUGUUGUUACUUCUUUGGUUUUUCGGUAUAUCAUGGGCAUUUAAAAACCAAACUCAGUUUUGUGCUUCCAUAAGUAUGGAACUCUUAUAUAGGGUUGUUGUUGGGUUCAUUCUUAUCUUUACAUUUUUUAAUAUUAAAGGACAGAAUACCAAAUGUCCAAUGUCUUGUUAUUAUAUUGUGAGAAUAUUGGCCACAUUAGGGAUAUUGAUUGUGUUCUGGGUUUGCCCGCCUUCUAUUUUUAAUUCAGACUAUUUUAUACCUAUCAGUAUUAUUAUAGCUCUGACUCUUUUCCUUGGAAUUAUUUUUCUUAUUGUUUAUUAUGGGGCUUUGCAUCCAAACAGAGGUGAAGAAGCAAAACCUGAUGAAAUUGAUGGAAAACCAGUGCAAAUAGAUUGUAGAAUGAAGUAUUUCCUAAUGGAAUAAGCUAUUCACUUAUUAAAUGUAUUUUAUUUUUUAUCUCAUUGGUUAGUAAAGAAAAUGUGUGUA